CCUCCUGCUCACUCCCCUCCCUCCAAUAUCCAUCUCCUCGCCAAGGGUUUCUGAACCUUCCCUUCUAUUUUCAGAUACUACCACUUCCCCUCUUUCUCUUCUGCUCAAACUCUCCUCCUUCUCCCUGGUUCCCCCUCUUUCCAUUUCUGGAUGCUUCUGAUGUCAGUGGCUUCCCCGCCCUCAGGUUCCCUAGCUACCCCCCACUUCAGUCCCAGCCUCCUUCCUUCCAUCUUCCUUGGGUAGCUGAAGGGGCGGGCGGGCGAAAAUCCAGGCUUAGUUAAGCCGGGCCGAGACAAAGACCGCAAGGUCUAGGGAAAUGGCAUGUCAGGGAAGGAAGGGCGCCUGCUUCAUUUAAUGUGAGCCCCCAGGAAGGAACACAUCACAUGUCUCCCAUUAGGAACUGAAGAAAGAUCUGGGGAUGCAGAGACCAGGGCUGGGUAGUUCUGAGCACAGGCUAUUGCAAGAAGGAACUUUGUAAUUCCAAAGCAGGGAGAAAGGGCUAAAAAAGAUGGAGACAUGGAGACUUUUCCCAUGUAGUCAGCAAGUAGAGGAGGUCUUCUUCGUGUGGCUUAUCUAGGUGACUGAGCUCCGCCCCUUCGUACUGACUGGUCAAGACUCACCGGAGACAGAGGCCUGGAAGUCCCAGCAUGGCAAUCAGAGGUCUCCAGCCAGCUUCAUAGAUGGCAAAGCAGCAAGCUUGCCUCCCCCAUCAAUUACGGGGAUAACUGAGAAAAAGCCCCACCCAACAUGGAGGCUGAGGACCACCACCUCUACUGAUUCUCGGCCUUCUCCCCUGCCCUGCCCUGCCCACGGGGCUUAGCUGAGUCAGUCAUGCAAUGCUGAACAGUAAGGGAGACGUGGGGUCAGCUUGCCUGGCUGCAGGGCAAGGAUUGUGGGCAGCAUGGGGGUGUGUGUGAGCGGGGCUCCAGGGUGAGACCUAGCCCCCGCCCCCGGGAGUUCCAGGGGGUGGGGGUGGGGCCGAGGAUAGGAUGGCUCGGGGUGGGCUGGGGGCAGAAGAGGCCUCCCUCCGGUCAAACGCCUUGUCCUGGCUGGCCUGUGGGCUCCUGGCCCUGCUGGCCAACGCCUGGAUCAUCCUUAGCAUUUCAGCCAAACAGCAGAAGCACAAGCCCCUGGAGCUGCUGCUCUGCUUCCUGGCGGGCACACACAUACUCAUGGCGGCUGUGCCCCUCACCACCUUUGCUGUGGUGCAGCUCCGGCGCCAGGCUUCCUCCGACUACGACUGGAACGAGAGCAUCUGCAAGGUCUUUGUGUCCACCUACUACACGCUGGCCCUGGCCACCUGCUUCACCGUCGCCUCGCUCUCCUACCACCGCAUGUGGAUGGUGCGCUGGCCUGUCAACUACCGCCUCAGCAACGCCAAGAAGCAGGCGCUGCAUGCCGUCAUGGGCAUCUGGAUGGUCAGCUUCAUCCUUUCCACGCUGCCCUCCAUAGGCUGGCAUAACAACGGGGAGCGCUACUAUGCCCGAGGCUGCCAGUUCAUAGUCUCCAAGAUCGGCCUCGGCUUUGGCGUCUGCUUCAGCCUCUUGCUUCUUGGGGGCAUUGUCAUGGGGUUGGUCUGCGUGGCCAUCACUUUCUAUCAGACACUGUGGGCCCGGCCCCGGAGGGCUCGGCAGGCCCGCAAAGCUGGGGCCAGUGUGGGAGCCAAAGUGGGGGGGCUGGGGGGCUUGGGUACACGACCAGCUUUCGAGGUGCCGGCCAUUGUGGUGGAGGACACUCGAGGCAAGCGGCGGUCCUCGCUGGAUGGCUCCGAAUCUGCCAAGACAUCUUUGCAGGUCACCAACUUGGUCAGCGCUAUCGUCUUUCUCUAUGACUCCCUCACAGGGGUGCCCAUCCUGGUGGUGAGCUUCUUCUCCUUGAAGUCAGACUCCGCUCCGCCAUGGAUGGUGCUGGCCGUGCUGUGGUGCUCCAUGGCACAGACCCUGCUCCUGCCCUCCUUCAUCUGGUCCUGCGAGCGCUACCGUGCAGAUGUGCGCACAGUGUGGGAGCAGUGCGUGGCUAUCAUGUCGGAGGACGACGGCGACGACGAUGGAGCCUGUGACGACUACACUGACGGCCGAGUGUGCAAGAUUCGUUUUGAUGCUAAUGGGGCCACAGGGUCAGGGGGUCGGGACCCCACCCAGGUCAAACUGCUGCCUGGCCGGCACAUGCUAUUUCCGCCUCUUGAGAGAGUACACUAUUUACAGGUCCCCCUGUCCCGCCGAUUGUCCCACGAUGAGACCAACAUCUUCUCCACUCCUCGGGCACCAGGCUCCUUCCUGCACAAAUGGUCAUCUUCCGAUGACAUCCGGAUCCUCCCAGCCCAGAGCCGAGCCCUUGGGGGCCCUCCCGAAUACCUGGGACAGAGACACAGGCUGGAGGAUGAGGAGGGUGAGGAAGAGGCCGAAGGCGGGGGCUUAGCCAGCCUUCGCCAGUUCCUAGAAAGUGGGGUUCUGGGGUCAGGUGGGGGACCCCCACGAGGUCCUGGCUUCUUCCGGGAGGAGAUCACCACCUUCAUCGAUGAGACACCUCUGCCUUCUCCAACGGCCUCACCGGGACCCUCUCCUCGUAGGCCCAGGCCACUGGGUUUUUCGCCUCGACGCCUCUCCCUUGGGUCUCCUGAUAGCAGAGCUGUUGGACUUCCUUUGGGGCUAAGUGCAGGGAGACGCUGUUCUCUGACCGGGAGCGAGGGGAAUUCAAGGGCUUGGGGAAGACCCUGGGGCCCAGGCAACCCCAUCUUCCCCCAGCUGACCCUGUGAGGCCACAUGGGCCUGCUUAACUCAGAGGAGGGGGCGCGGGUGAGGACUCCUCAUUCCGGCCCUGAGCCUAUGGCAGCUGCCUCCAGGGAGAUGGGCGCUAGAUCUGGAUUCUAGAGCCCCGGCUCUCUCCCAUCCAAGUGACCAGACACCCUACUCACCCAUCUUUACCCCUAGCAAAACAUAUUAAAGGUUGAAGUAUUGCCAUCGAAA